ACAUUCCCUUUGUAUUGGGGUAGGUUGGCCCCCUCUGAUUCAGAGGUUAGGAAUUUGCAUCCGAUUGCUGUUUGUCAACCAAUGAUUUGACUCUACGACCGUGAGCACGCCUUGGAUUAGGCAAAGAUACAAUGUAACCUCUGAAUCAAAGCCAUACAUUGAAAUCGAAUAAUAUGUAUACAACGGAAUAGAAAUAUCCCAAUCAAUUGAUAUCAGUUUACUACUAUAUAUGAAAUGUACAAUCAAUAACCACCAGAACGCCGUAGAUUCAGGGGAAAUCAGGAAUGUUUGUUCCGAGUGCAAAAACAAAACGGAAGCUGAUUUGGCCCUGGUAAAUCCCUUCCGGUGAAGUCCACAUAGAGAGAUCUUCAGCCACUAGUUCUUAAGUACAGCACUCACAUGGACUCUGCUAAGUGGUGAGACUUCACUGACCUUCCCUGCACUGAGAAACGGCACAAGAGUCUUCCGGCUCGGGAGCUGUGGACAGUGUCCGAGUGUAUGUCUCAUCGCUCUAAGCACCCUUCCCACUCUUCAAGAACCUACCCGUCAAAAGAGCUCUGCAGCCGCUGAGUUAGGUGGUCAGGCCUUCUAUCCAGCCCCUCAGCAUCAGGACUUAGAGAGGUGGCAGCCCCCACCGGCCCCUGUGACUGGAGCUGUUCAGGGGGAGGGGAAGGAGACCACUGACUGGUGCAUCACUUUCCCUUGAGAUGAAACUUCAAGCCGUGAUGGAGAACCUUCACAGGCAGCAGAGGGCCAAGUUGCUGAUGGAACUGGAGCAGCAACAGCUGCAGCAGGGUGGCGCUCUGCAGGGUCAUGGAUGUACCUCCGCCCGCAUUGGGGACGAGCUGAUGGGAAGCCCUGCCCCCGAGGCGGAGCACGCCCAGAUGGCGGCGCUGGCAGCCAUGAGAGCAGUGGCGGCAGGGCUGCAGAGGGCCUCAGACAGCCCCACUUCAGAGCGCAGCAUCAAGGGACAGGACGCGGAUGACGAGGAUGAGGAAGGAGAGGAGCAGUACAAGGAUAUGAUGGACUCUGUGGAAGAGGAGCAGAUAAAGCAGAAGUGGGAUGAGGAGGACUUUGAGGGGGAGAUGGAGGAGGACUAUGAGGACGAGCUAGUCAACGAGGGUCUGCCUACAGGCCGGCAGGCGGUGGCCCCGGGGAAGGGCAUCCUGCUACUGCCUCACCGCCAGCUGCACCCCCACUCCCAGCUGCUGAAGCCGGCCCGGCCCAGCACCGACCCAGACCAGGAGCCCCGAGCGGCCAUCCUCCCCCCACACGGAUCCCAGAGCCAGCUGGGUGGCCUGGACCAUGGGGACUGGACCUACGAAGAGCAGUUCAGACAGCUCUAUGAACUAGAUGGCGACCCCAAGAGAAAAGAGUUUCUGGAUGACCUAUUCAGCUUCAUGCAAAAGAGAGGAACCCCUGUGAACAGGAUCCCCAUCAUGGCCAAGCAGGUCCUGGACCUGUACAUGCUGUACCAGCUGGUGACAGAGAAGGGAGGCCUGGUGGAGGUCAUCAACAAGAAGCUGUGGAGAGAGAUCACUAAAGGACUCAACCUUCCUACCUCAAUUACCAGUGCUGCCUUUACUCUCAGGACACAAUACAUGAAGUACCUGUACCCAUAUGAAUGUGACAAGAGGAGCCUCAGCAACCCCAAUGAGCUCCAGGCAGCUAUCGACAGUAACCGGCGGGAGGGCCGCCGGCAAAGCUUCGGCAGCUCCCUCUUCACCUACUCCCCCAAUGGGACCCCCACCAUGCUGUCCUCCCCCAAGAUAUCCAUGCAGAACAUGGGGAUGAACGUGGCCACCAACGGAGCAUCUCUCACUCCCAUCCAGAAAAUCAAGAAAGAAGAUGAGGGCGGUCAGCCCCUGUCCGGCGUGGGCCGCAUGUCUGGGCAUCCUCUGGCGGGUCACUCGGUGGCAGUGGUGCAGGCGGCAGCGGCCCAGGCAGCCAUGGCAGCCCAGGUAGCGGCUCUGGAGCAGCUGAGGGACAGACUGGAGGCGGGCGAGCCCCCGGAGAAGAAGAUGGCUCUGUCUGCUGAGGAGCACCAGCGACUGCUGCAGAGAGCACUGCAGCACAACCUGCUGGCUAUGACCGCCCAGAUGCCCAUGAACAUCCGCAUCAACAACCAAGGUGGCCGGCAGGACUCCGCUCUCAAUCUCACCACAAAUGGCAUGAGCAGCAUCAGUAUGUCAGUGGAGCUCAAUGGAGUCAUGUACACCGGUAUGCUUUUUGCUCAGGCAGCAGGGUCAGCCUCUUCAGGCCCCUCUGGAUCAUCAAGUAACAACAAAGCCCCUGGUGGGCGCAGUGGAUCCCAGCCGCUCCCCUACACACCUACCUCAAUCAACCCAUCAUCUUAACAACUCUGAACCCUUCACUUUUUGAUGCCAAAACUAAAGCCAAAAAAAACCCUACCAAAUUUUCUAAAUAGCCUAUGCCAAAAAAAACAUAUACAGAAAAACACAAACUAAAACAAGUGGUCUAUCUCAGGUUCUCUCAUAUCUUAUCUCCUCUUCUGUUCUUUAGCCAAAAUAAGUUUGAAUAACCCAACAAAGAGCCAGUAUAUGAUUACGAUAUAUGCACAGCAUGUGAAUAAUUUAUUUCUACAUAAAUGCAGUGAUUAUCUAAGAACAAAUAAAAAUAAUAGGUUGGAAGGGUAAUGCACUGUUUACACGUAACACAGCUACUGACUCACAAUUAAACUUUUUUUAUUUUCAACAUUAUUAUUCUCAUCUUUAUUAUUAUUAUUAUUAUUAUCAUCAUCAUCACUAACAAUAUAGUUAUUGCAAAAAAUAUAUAUAUUUGGAUUCUAUAAAGUAGAACAUUUGAAAUAUCUUCUAUUUUAAGUAGAAAAGCUUUAAAGAUUUUAUUUCUUCAGGGCAUAACAAAGUAACAUUGUGACCUCAUGUUAUAGAAAACCUCUACAUUUGCAUAAUGCAGUCGCACACAAAUCAAUCUUUGCUGAGAUUGUCUAUUAAUUGUACCUCAGACACAGGUUCACAAGUCUCUGUGGUCACGAUGCAAGAUCAUUUUAUUUUUUUUCCUGGUGGAAGUCAACAGGAAUUGUUAAUGCUCAUUGGGACUUAUAUGUGCAGACAUGUUGGUUUUUCUCAGGUGUCUGCCAGCUUGCUGUGAAACAAUCACUUUGUAUUUCACUGCUUUACGUUUCUGUCAUAGUUACAAACUAUACAACUGUAUUUACUGGUUUGAGUGUUUGUUUCGUUUAUGACACGUUUAAACCAUUUGUUUUUUUAGUUUUAUAAUGUAGUUUUCUAUCCGGUUGUCUCAUCAAUUACCCAGGGUCCUCUGUACUUUUAUAAGUAGAGGGAUCAUCUUCACUCUAAAGUUAGCUGCUCUUUUGGAUGUCCUUACUUACAGCUUAUAGUAGGGGAUUGAUGGGUGCAGGAAUUCUUAGCUCUGCAAUAGUGCUGCUUUAAAACAGAGGUUUGGGGUUGAAGUAGCUUUACUUAGGGGCUUAAAAUCAUGUCUUAAAAGCACCUACACAUUGAUAUGACAUCAUCAUAACAACAAAGCGUUUAUGAAUUUAGGUACGUGCUUGCAUUUACGUAGGGCUGCUUAUGUAAAGGAUUGUGGUGGAAACAGCCAAUCAAUUCCUGUCUUUGUGUCAGCACUGCUCUUCAAAUUGACCUUUUGACCUCCUUGUCCCCAAGGCAACAACUGAGCAUCUGGUCAUUAAGAAAAGUAUCUAUUUUUAUCAGAUAUCCAUUGAUUUGCAGCGCUCAGAAAUAUUUGCAUUUUAACCGCUAAGGUACCACAGCUACUACGAAGGUUGUUUCUGCAUCUUCAAGAAACUGCAUGGAUUCACACUCUUUUCGAGUUCAGAAUCCUCAGUGAGGGUGGAGUUUUGAGUUCAUUGUAGCGACAAUCAGGAGAUGUUACAACAUUGUAUACCUCGUGUGUUCUGUUUUUCCACAAUGAAGCCCCUCUACCUCAAAGACUAUGAUUAGACUAUAUCUCUUGUAAGAUCAUUACACAGUACCUUAAUGAAGUAGUAUAUUGCGGUUAUAUCUUAAAGUGUGAUAUAUUAUGCUGCGUUUCAUGACUUGGGUCUAUACUGUACAAUGUAUUGACAGAGAUAAGAGAUUGUAGUUGGAUUGUGGUCAGGGAAUUCAGCUUUUGAUAAAUAAUGGUUGGAAGGAUAGAUUAUUGCAGACAAUCAUAUUAAACCUUUAAUCUUUCCUCUAUCAUAGCUGAUGAUAAUUACUUUUGAUUUUUUUGGCAACAUGCAAUGGAGACAGUCAGUCAGGAAUACUUAUUUUAUUAUUCUGGGAUGCUGCCCCCUAGUGGACUUCUUUGUUACAGUGCACAAUCAUACGUUUCAGGGAUGGAUAUGGUUGUUUUUUGGGGCCCCUAUAGCUAGCGUACAGAAGUGUUCUCUUGAAAAAAAUGACUUGCCUUUCCCCUGUUGAUAUUUGAUUGCAAGCCCCCCCAUUUCUUCAUCUCAACCAAAGUUAAGAGACUUAGUUAUUUCUAAUCAGAAUCAUUCCAUGAAUUUUCAGCCUUGAUAUGAGAUUUACCACUUGCUUGAACUAUUUGUUUGGUAGAUAGUAUAUCGCAGGGACAACCAAAACACAUGUGGAGAUUAAAUCAAAUGAAAUGUUAUGAUAAAAUAUCUGCUGUAAUUGCAAGAUGCCUUAUGCUGUGACAAUUCUUCUAUGAAUGAACCUGUAUAGGUAACACUUCUGAAAAGGCUUUGGAUGGCUGUAGAUAUGAGUUACUUUGUUUUCACGUUUUAGUUCUUUCUUUAACACAUAUGACAUAGAAACCUAGCACAGAGAUUACACAAUGACAUGUAUCAUAAUAUUAAUAAUAACAGUCAUAAUAUGAAUGACGAUAAUAGUAUUGUGAGAUUUGGGGAAGCACUAGGUUGACAUACUGGCCUUGGUUUUGUUAACUAUUUUGUUUUCAUGUACAGUACUUGGAAAUUCAGAGUAUAAAUGAGGCUUUUUGUCUUUUACUUCUCAGGAAUAUACUUCUACCUCCAGUUUUACAGAUGUAUCCCUGCUAGGGCUAAAGUUGGUGGGUGCACAAAGGGUCGCACUCUUCAUUGGUGUUCUAGUUGGUUUUUCAGCUUUCAACUACUUCUUAUAGAUACAGGCACAAAAGUAUUUUUUAAUCUGUUCUGUACACGUGUGCAAUUUUUUUUCUCCAUUAUUUUCCAUGAUGAACCUUUCCACUGAAUGGGAUGCUUCCCGAAAUAUGAGGAAACAAGUGAAGAUGAAGUGUGGCAUGUUGUGCCUCUUUAAUAACCAGUUAUUAGUAUGGUGUAGUGCCCAAAUAACAGAUCGUCAACAACAUGCUUUUUAGAAUGUGUGACCUCUAAUGCUUUUAACCAUUUACUGAGGGGUGACGAACUAUUCUUGCAUAUUUAAUCAAUAUGUGUUUGUGUGAAUGUUUUAUUGGGGAUUUUAAUAAAUAUCACUUUUUCCUAGAAUGUCA